AUGGCACUCUCCGUCAUUUCUCGUCGGGCUUUCGCCUCCGCAAACCGAUCCCUCCGACUCUCCUCGCGCACCUUCUCCAGCCAGCCCGUUCUCCGCAAUUCCGACGGCAAAGCUCCCUUCGCCUUUUCGCGCGGACCGGCUCCCCCACGUCUUCCCCAAGAAGAGCAAGAAAUCUUCGAGCAACUACAGAAGCAAUCCACUGGAGCCUUCAGCACCCCCCGAUCGCCCCCCAAGAUCAACCAGUCCCCCGAUUCCGAACCCGAAGCUGCGCCCGCCACCGAGUCGGCCGAGAUCAAGGCCACCGGCAAGGGUGAGGAGUUGCAUCCCGACGUGCGAUACGGUGUGCAGCCUGAAUUCGAGGGCGAGAAGAACCCCCAGACAGGAGAAGUCGGUGGACCGAAGAAUGAGCCUUUGCGAUGGGGGUCUGGGGGAGAUUGGAGCUAUGGUGGAAGAGUCACUGAUUUCUAG